ACGAAUUCUGUUCUUGCUUGUUCUUUCUUGAUAUUGUUGCUUUAUAUUUAUAAUUCGAAUAAUUGUUUUAUGCAUUUUUUUUUAUUUCUUAAAAAUAAUUGUAAAUUUUGUCCUUUUUCUUUAUAUAAUUCAUAACAUAAAAAACAAAUUUAUUCGCUUUUAUACAUAUAUCUGUUUCAAGAAAAUUUAGAUAGAAGAUUCGAUAGAAAAAAAUAUGAAAAUAAUUAUUAUACCCAAAACAAGAUUUAGAACUUCUAACAAUUAGCAUCAUUUGACGCAUCAUAAUUUAGGAUUGAAUAAUUUAUAAAAUGGCUGAACGCAGUUUUCACUAUAUUUUUUAUUUUUAAUAGCCAACAAUGGUUAUUGGAUAAACAAGAUUUGGUUAGAGAACGUCAACAUGAUUUAUCAAUAUUAACAGAGGAAGAAUAUCAAAAAAUAUUCAUUUUCUUUUCUAAUAUGAUACAAAUGUUAGGUGAACAAUUGAAAUUGAGGCAACAAGUAAUAGCUACUGCAACAGUUUAUUUUAAAAGAUUUUAUGCCCGCAAUAGCUUAAAAUGUAUAGAUCCUUUAUUACUAGCUCCUACAGCAGUCUUUUUGGCAUCAAAAGUAGAAGAGUUUGGAGUAAUUUCUAAUACUAGAUUAAUAACGACAAUGGGAACUGUAGUUAAAAACAAGUUUAAUUAUGCAUAUACGCAAGAAUUUCCGUAUCGAACAAACCAUAUUUUAGAGUGUGAAUUUUAUCUUUUGGAACAUUUGGAUUGUUGUUUAAUAGUAUAUCAACCAUACCGUCCCUUGUUAACAUUAAUUCAAGAUGUGGGACCAGAUGAUCAAUUACUUACUCUUGCAUGGCGUAUUAUUAAUGAUAGUUUAAGAACAGAUGUAUGUUUAUUAUAUCCACCUUAUCAAAUAGCUAUUGGUUGUCUGCAAAUAGCCUGUGUGAUAUUGCAGAAAGAUCUCAAAUCAUGGUUUGCAGAAUUAAAUGCAGAUAUGGAAAAAAUCCAAGAAAUAGCACGAUAUAUAAUUAAUCUGUAUGAAUUGUGGAAAAGAUAUGAUGAAAAGAACGAGAUUCAAGGUUUAUUGGCUAAAAUGCCAAAACCAAAAGCAGCACCACAACGUUGACAUCAAGUUUUCUGUUCCCCAAAUGUUUGGAAUUCAUGCUAAUACACAGUGAAUACUUCAAUUUAAAAUGUCUUUUCUAUAUACAUUGCUAUUAGAGAUGUAUAGAGUUGAUAACGAAUAUUGUUCUGAAUUUAUUUCUGCAGACUUUUUUAUCUCUACAUAAAGCUAUUUUGAACAAGCAUAUUUUAAACUAUGUGGCAAAUAAUAAUGUUUCACUUAGUAUUUUUAUAUUUUAUCCUCAAUGUUCGAUAUAGCAAAUAAUCAAGAGUUAUGAAUUACAUCUGAUAAUAGAAUUUAAUUAAAUUUUCUUGAAUAUCUAAUAUAUGUAUAAUGAAUUAUCAAAUUGUAAAAAUUUGUUCAAAUGCAUGUCUAAUUUUAGUACCUAUA